UGUGAGGAGAGCUGUAAGCCCUGUCCCCGCCUCCUUUCCCCCCGAGUCCGCAGUGGUACGUUCCGGCAGGUUGCCGGUUGGCGCACGCGGCUCUUAUAAUGAAAUGUGAGGAGAGCGGAGAGCGCAGUGCCAUGUACAACACCGAGGCCGUGCCGUACAGCGCCGAGCUCAUCUUCUACAUCGAGAUGGACCCGCCGCCCCCGCCAGCACUUCCCCCAAAACCAGCCAAACCCGCGAGUCCUCUGUGUACCAGCAGCAAUAAAGAUGGCUCCGGCACCGCGCUCCAGGACGCAGAGUGGUACUGGGGGGACAUCUCCAGGGAGGAGGUGAAUGACAAACUACGCGACAUGCCGGACGGGACGUUCCUGGUCCGUGACGCCUCCACCAAGAUGCAGGGAGAUUAUACGCUGACACUCAGAAAGGGCGGGAACAACAAACUGAUAAAGAUUUAUCACCGCGAUGGGAAGUACGGAUUCUCCGAUCCUCUCACCUUCAAGUCUGUCGUGGAACUCAUCAACCAUUACAGACACGAGUCUCUGGCCCAGUAUAACCCCAAGCUGGACGUCAAGCUCUUGUACCCGGUGUCCCGGUACCAGCAGGACCAGCUGGUGAAGGAGGACAACAUUGACGCCGUGGGGAAGAAGCUCCAGGAAUAUCACUGGCAGUUUCAGGACAAGAGCCGAGAGUAUGACGGGCUGUACGAGGAGUACACCAAGACCUCACAGAGGCAGCCAUCACUGGACCUCCACAGAGCUUCGUACAGCGAGGCCCCUGACAUCAGAGGGCUGCAUAGAAUAUUCCGCGUAUGUAAUGAUGCAGAAAACGGUCAGGCUGCCAAGAUAAAGGCGCCCAUGCACGGUUUCAAUGUCGGCUGGUUUUUGAGGAACCGACGAAAACUCGCACUCUCUGUACCGCUGUCGGCACCCUUUUCGAUCGAAGGAGCCGGUGGGAAAAUCUUCGCUCGAUCAGAGCCGGCAGCCAAUGAGAUGCUCGCUCUGGUCGGGUGUCCCGGAAGCCGCUGUAUAAUCAUCAUCAAUUAUGAGAAGCUAAAAUCGCGUCUGGGGGAGAUUCAUGACAGCAAACUGCGACUGGAGCAAGACCUGAAGAAGCAGGCCCAGGAGAACCGAGAGAUAGACAAGAAGAUGAACAGCAUCAAACCGGAUCUGAUCCAGCUGAGGAAGAUACGGGACCAGUACCUGGUGUGGCUGACUCACAAAGGCGUGCGGCAGAAGAGGAUCAACGAGUGGCUGGGACUGAAGACUGAGAGUCCAGAUGAUCCCUACUUCAUGAGCGAUGAGGAGGAGCUGCUGCCGCACUACGACGAGAAGACUUGGUUUGUGGGAGAUCUCAACCGGAUGGAAGCUGAAGAGUUACUCCGGGGGAAGCGCGACGGAGCGUUCCUAAUCCGGGAGAGCAGCAAGAAAGGAAGCUAUGCAGAAAAUGAGAGUUGUUGGGCGGAUGGAGACGUGAAGCAUUGCGUCAUCUACGGCACGUCGCGGGGCUACGGCUUCGCAGAGCCAUACAAUCUGUACAGCACACUGAAGGAGUUGGUUCUCCAUUACCAGCAUGCGUCCCUCGUCCAACACAACGAUUCUCUGAAUGUCAGGCUGGCCUUCCCCGUCCACGCACACACGUCCUCCAUGUGCAGAUAAGCCCCCUGUGCUGGAGGACCCCCGGCGGCCAUUUUUGGAUCUUUUUCUACAGUUUUUUUCUAGAACUAAGUGGGCAUUCUUUGUACUCGGACUGCUUGUUUUGCACAAGAAGUGGAUUUGUGAAUGUGAAGGAAGGUGCGUCGUCAUUGGACGGCUGAGCUGUGUUGUGGCGCUUCCUGCUCGUUCAGCCG